CAGGUGCUCAGCAUGUCUCUGUGCCCUCCCGGACCCCAUGCCAUCCUCCUUGUGAUCGAGCUCGACAGUCCCUUCUCCUCCACUGAAGAGAAGUCUGUGAGGGAACACUGCGAACUGCUGGGAAGAGACAUCUGGGACCAUACCGUUGUUUUAUUCACCAAAGGGGACUUAUUGGUGGACGUUACAAUCGAGGAGUACAUCAGGAACCAGGGGAAAGCCCUUGAGUGGCUGGUGCAGCGGUGUGGAGGAAGAUAUCAUGUCUUUGACAACAAGUCUGCAUAUGACCAGUCUCAGGUCCGAGCACUUUUGGAUAAGAUAGACCAACUGACAGCCAGCAACCAUGGUCGCCCCUUUGAGGUGGACCAGCUGUCUUUGAAGCGGAUUGAAGAGGCUAAGAAGACCGAUAAAGAUCGAGCAAUAGCAUACAAGGACAGUGUCACACAACGAAGAGCGAGAAUCAAGGCAAAUGGAGAUGUGCUAUCUCUACCAGAGAUAAGGAUCCUACUGGUUGGAUGGGUGCUGUCUGGUAAGAGCAACGCCGGCGACACCAUUCUAAACGGUGAUCACUUCUCCCCUGGGAAGGUGACUGAGAAGGCCACAUGUGCGCUAGGUGAAGUGCUAGGCAGGUCCCUCAGAGUCGUGGACACUCCCGGCUGGUGGAAGUUCCUGCCUAGUAAGUACACUCCAACGCGUGUUAAACAGGAGCUGAUGAGAGGCUUAACCCUUUGCGGGAAGUAUCCUCACGCAGUCCUUUUGACUCUGACCGCGGACGUGUCUUUCCACGAGGAGCAGCGACGGAUCAUCCAAGACACCCUGGAGGCGUUCCUCGGGAAGGACGUCUGGAGACAUGUCGUCAUCAUCUUCACGUUCAAGCACGUGAUGAAAGAAACCAGCAUGGAAGAGGUCAUCGAGGGCGAGGGCGAAGCCCUGAAGUGUCUCGUCGAAAGGUGCGGCCACCGUUACCAUGUGAUCAUGAACAUGAGGAGCCAAGGCGAUGAAGACGGUCGCCAGGUGGCAGAUCUCCUGGAGAAGAUCGAGGAGAUGGUGGCGGGGAAUUGUGUGUUUUGCCCUGAUGCUGAAGAAGCCACGAGGUGUGCUGAGGCAGGUGAAGAGAAGACGCGAGGCAAAGAGACGGAUGAUCCGUGUAUUGAAGAUGUUAUUAACACACUGGACAAGGAGUGGCUGCGGACCGAUCAGAAGAUGAUCGAGGAGGUCCAAAAGAAGUGGGUCGCUGCUGUUGCAAAAUCUGACCGAAGCAUGGAUGAACCUAUCAAAACUGACAGUCGCCAUAGCGAUGAGAGUGAUCGGAGCCUCCAAAAACAGCAGUCCAAUGAUGAUGACGAGCUCUCUGUUCAUUUGAAAGACCUGCUGGAAUGCGAAUGGAGACGACGUGACUACAUUAUCAAGGAGAUCGUGAAUGAAGCCGUGCAGAAGCUGAGCCAGCACUUCGAUUUGACAUCAGAACCCGGUGUGCAGGAACGUGACCAAUCAACACAGAAGGUGAUGCAGUGGAAUACAGACAAAUCAUCUGGAGUUGGAUCAGAAUUUGACUCAAUGUACUUAGAAGAAGAGGAUUAAGAUGUGGAGCAAAGUUGCUCGAUUAAAUAAUGAAUUGUACAUUGAGAUUUAGUAGCCUCUUACUACAGACGGACCAAUUGAUGGGCCUAUUUUAUUUGCUGAAAACACUCACCAACAUUCACCAACACUGACAUGACAUUACUGAGAGUGUUAAGUAAGUGAGUGACUUGGUAACUACAAGUUGGUGAAAAUGUUACUGUAUAACAGAGGCUCUGCACAAAGGGGUUAAGGACAUCAGUUCCUCCACUAAAGAAAUGACACGGCACACUUUUUUUUAUAUGUCAAACAGACGUAAUACUGAUAUUCUAAUUCAGUAUUUCUAAUUAAUAAUCACAAACAAAGCAAACCAACACACAAACCAAUCACAAAGUAAUUGUAAUUCCUGCUAAAUUUUCAAAAAGCAUUACAUUAAAAAAGGCUUAUGGUUUGUGUGACAACUAUUAACCUGGUCUAAUAUUGUUGAGGGUAGAUUUUGUUGUAAAAUGUGUAAUUCUAACAUUUUUCCACGAGAGGAUCACUGACUAUCUGGUUAUCCACUGAUUAUCUGGUUAUCCACUGUUUAACCUGUCUUUGACUGCUGACUUUUGCUUUAUUUAUAUUUUCCAGAGUGCACUGAACUUUAUUUGUUGAUGAAUAUCUCAUUCUAUUUUAUUUAGCACUUUUAGCCCCUUUGCAGGGUUGUCUGCAAUGCAUAGAGAGUGGUUUUCACCGACAUAUUUGCUGCUGCCUUUGUGUAUUUUUUUGUUGUUGCUUGGGAAUGGCUGGCUUUUUGUCUGUGUUGGUGUAAUGUACAGUAAAGUUACUAUAUUGUGUUAGACCAAAUUACAAGUUAAAAACAUGAGAAUCUUCCCAAAAAGAGAG